AUGAUAUCUUCAGAGAAGAAGUUUCCUCUCAGUGCAAAAGACUACAAGUUAAACGAAGAGAUUGGAGAUGGCGUUGGUGCCACCGUGUACAGAGCUUUGUGCAUACCGCUUAACGAGGUAGUUGCUUUCAAGGAUGGGAUCAGGAGAGAGGUGCAAACAAUGAGUCUGAUCAACCAUCCAAAUUUGUUACAAGCUCAUUGCUCAUUUACCGCUGGCCACCACCUAUGGGUUGUGAUGCCUUACAUGGCUGGAGGAUCCUGUCUCCAUAUAAUAAAGUCUUCUUAUCAAGAUGGAUUUGAGGAGCCUAUUAUCGCUACUUUGCUCCGUGAGAGUCUGAAAGCUCUUGUGUAUCUUCAUGCUCAUGGACAUAUCCAUAGGGAUGCCAAGGCUGGAAACAUAUUAUUGGACUCCAACGGUGCGGUUAAGUUAGCAGACUUUGGAGUAUCAGCUUGCAUGAUGGCUCCUGAAGUCAUGCAGCAACUACAUGGAUAUGAUUUCAAAGCAGAUGUAUGGUCAUUUGGAAUAACGGCACUUGAACUGGCACAUGGUCAUGCCCCAUUUUCCAAGUAUCCGCCAAUGAAAGUAAACUUAUAA